AUGACGUCACGAGCAUGAUGAUGACAGCAGGAAAUGCGGAAGAGGAAAGCGAGGUCGAGUCGUUAACGGAUGAAAUUUGUCGAAGUUUCAAGCUCGUUUUUGAGAGCGAACUGAUCAACUAGAUGACAUUGGAUCCUUCAUUUUAACGCUCGAGCGAUUCAUACGUGUUUUGGCAGGAGCUGUGCUGUUAUCGUCUGUAAGGACCAUAUAAAGAUCAUCAUGAGUAAUUUUGGUGAAUAUAGUGAUUCUGAAGUGGAUAGGAUCAUGACUAACCGGCCGCCCAGCAGUUAUGGCUCCAUGCAUAGCGACGAUUAUGAUGAAGAUGAUGAUGAUGAUGACCUUAAAGAACCUCCGAAUAAACAAACAGAAACAAGGCUCAGGCUUUACCGCUCCGAAUCACCAGAGACUGCGAUUACCGAACGCACACAAACACACCAGUCCAGCAUCUACCAAGACGGUCUGUUCCUGAGACCACAGUCAAUCACGCACAAAGAAGAAGCCUUUCCUCCCCGACAUGACAGGGAGUCCAUGAGCCUGGAUCAAUCUGAGAUGCAGAGCGAAGUAAGGACAGAGAGAGCGAUAAAUGAAGAGCCGAAUGACAGAGACAUGGAGGAGCUGCAUGAGAGAGACCUGCCGGAGCCGCAGGAUGAAAGUGCUUCAAUGGAGGUGCAGGAGGUGCGGACUGAGGAGCCGGUUUAUGAUUAUGAUGAAAUUGUUUUACCUUUUGAUGAACCGAAGGAGCCUCCGCCGCGUCCUCCAGAGGGCUCUGGUUUGCAGUUUCAACACCCUCACAGCUCCCUCACUCUGCGCCACGUGUUAACGGCCAUGGUGAACAGUCUUAGUCGGCUCCAGCCAUCAGAUAUUUCCUAUUAUAAGCGUAGUCUAAGCUCUCACUGCAGAUUCAGGAAGAACUACCCGAUGAUAGCGGAUCUUAACGACCCGCUGGAUUUGGCUGAUAAAAUGAUUGAGGUCUGUGGGCUGGGAGAGGCUCUGUAUCUCACCGUACGAAACCUCCAUAACAUCGGAAAGGACGAUAUGGCCAAAAUCCUGAAGAAGACCUGUAGAAGAGCCUUGUUACAGUAUGAUCUGAAAAUAGCCUACGACAGGCGCUAUUACUCUCUUUACGAGGGCCGAUGUCGUCCAGGUCAGCAGCGCUAUAUCAGUGACGUCUACGUCGAGCCUGUAACAGUCAUCAAAGGCACCAGAGAGCCUAUCAACCCUGAGAAUGAGGUCCGACGGAUACCGUAUACGAUCCAAGAGACCGUAAUCAGGGCUGCCGACAUCUUCUGCCCCCUUCCUAAUGAUACAAAACCAAUCCGUACGGUCAUGAUGACAGGAAUUCCUGCUUGUGGUUUAACUGUGGCCGUGAAUAAGGUCAUCAUUGAUUGGAUGGAGGGAAAAACCAAUCAGGAUUUUCAGUUUGUGUUCCCACUUCCGGCAAAGGAGUUGCACCUUUCGAAAAGUGGAGAUCUGAGCUUCCUAGAGACGCUCUCAAGCUAUUUCGCCGAAGCUGAAGAAAUCGGAUUCAUUGAGAAGGAAGAUUGCUUGAGUCUCUUCAUUAUCGAUGCUUUAGAACUUUGCCGUCAUAAACUGGACUUCGAAAACAAUGAAAUUGUAACAAGUGCCAGGAAGAAAGCACCACUAGAUGCCCUUCUCACCAGCCUAAUCAAAGGCACGUUGCUUCCUAAUGCCCGAGUUUGGAUCACCAGCCACGUCACAGCCGCCUACCGAAUUCCUGCAAAUUUGAUCGACAGGUUUGUAGAGUUGAGAGGAUUCACAGAUGACAAAAAGGAAGAGUACUUUACGAAGAGAACCACCGAGCCUGAGCUCGGUAGGAAGGUUUUCAACCACAUGAAACGCUCCAAAGCUCUUGAAAUCAUCUGCCACCUUCCUCUCUUCAGCUGGAUGGUGGCGUUUAUCUUCGAACGAGCAUUUCGAGAUCCCGACUACGGCAAACACCCACCUGGCAUCACUGCAUUUUAUUCGCAGUACAUCGUCGUCCAAAUGAACCGCUCGUUCGAGAAGUAUCGCGGCUGUAGCGUGGAGGCGCAAAAGUGGAGGGAUGAAGAUAAGGCGUUUAUAGAGAUGAUGGGGAAAAUGGCGUAUCGGAUGAUUCUAGAGGGACGGGACUGGUUUACCGUGGAAGAUUUGACCGCCGUUAACCUUACCUACGAAGAUUUGCGCUCUCGGGAUGAAUUAACCACCGAAGUCAAGCGGGCGAGCGAAGACAAUCGGACGUGGACCUUCAAGUUCGUCCACGUUACCAUCCAGGAGUACAUGGCUGCCAUGUACGUAUAUGUGGCGUUUAGGAAACAUGGGAAAAAUGUGUUUAUAUCGAGCCAAAUGUCUUGGCUACAAAGUUCAAACAAGGAUCGCGCCGUGAUCGAGAUGUACCGUCCCGCCAUCGACCGCAUGCUGGCUUCUCCAAACGGACAUCUGGACAUGUUUGUCCGCUUUUUGAUCGGAUUGGUGACUCCAGGAACCGAGGAUAACCUACGUGGAUACCUGCUCAAUCACUAUCAUCCCAAAGCCAAAGGCACGGAGGAAGUGGUCAAAUACAUCAACAAAAAGAUGAAAGAUAACAUCCACCCCGACAGGCGCAGAAACCUGGAGCUGUGCCUGGUGGAACUGGAGGAAGGCAAAGAAGAGAAGAGAAGGUGAGGGAAAAAAUGGAUUAAUCUCUCGAACGGGACUGUGGAACACUAAACUAAAAGCAGCGUCCCCCACAAAUCAAUGCCUUAAAGGGAUAGUUCACCCAAAAAUAUGUACAGCUUUUGGUCCCUGCUGCUUUCAUUGACCGGGAUUACGGUGAUAAAACAAUACGUUUUUGUUUCUGAGAUAAAAAAGCAUGAGUUUGAAUGGCAUAAUUGUGUGUAUUUUAUAAAGUCAGAUGAUUAAAACUGGGUGAGCUGUACCUUCUGUUUGGUGCUGAGCGGAGAACAUUAGUUUGCUUGUUUGGGUCAGUAUGAUGAUGUGUUUGCUUCUAUUUACAGCUUAUAGACAAUGAAAAUAGAUAAUGAUGAUAGCACUAAGUAAUAUCAUUAAAGUGCAUACAGUGCUUUCAAGGGGCUGAAGAGCUGGACGUGCGGUUUUCAUCAACCAUCGCUGGUUUCCAGAAUCACCAGUACCCAACAUAAACUCUAGUAAACAUGUUAUUCAGUGAUCUGUUUGUGUGUAACAUGCAUAACUAGAAUUAUCCUGACUAUACAGUGUUCUGCUAUUUUUAUUCAUGUUUCUGUUGUUUUUCAGUUUUUUUUGUUUGUUUUUUUAUAAAAUAUUGAUGGAUUUUACUUGUGCUUCAGAUUUACUCUUCCGAAAGCGAUCAUGUAGUUGCCGAUAAGCUUUGAAUAUAUGUUCAUUAGUCCUGUCUGCUGAUAUACACACUGACAAUUGGAUGGAAUUAUAUAUAUAUAUAUAUAUCUUCUGCUCGCCAAGCCUGCAUUUAUUUGAUUAAAAAUACAAACAAAAACAGUAA